UUUGCAAGCUAUUUCGAUCUCGUUUCAUGUCGAUCUAUUUCUAGUCAAGUUAACUCUUUUCUUUUAGGGGUUUUUUUUUUUUUUGUCUCGAGAAUAAUCAAAACUGAUUGACAUAGAAGAAAAUGGCGUUUGCUAGAGCAGUGAGAAGACCAAUUGGAGUCUUUUAUUAUAGUGUUAGUGGUAGAUUUAGUUCUGGAAAUGAUUAUUCUACUGUGGCAAGCAAAUUGGAAACUUUGUCUCAGUACAAAAGCUCUGUAUCGUCUGGUUACACAAGCCCUGUUCGUGGGUUUGGGAGUUUCAUAAGGAGUUUUAGUUCGGAGGCUCCUGCUGUAUCUGACCAGAUGAGUCUUAUUAAGCAACUUAGGGAAAGAACUAGUGCUCCUAUUAAAGAUGUUAAGGCUUCUUUAGUUGAAUGUAAUUGGGACCUUGAGGCUGCUCAGAAGGAUUUGAGAAAGAGAGGGAAAGUUUUGGCUUCGAAAAAGUCGUCACGGACUGCUGCAGAGGGAAUGCUUGCUGUUGCUCAAAAUGAGGGGAAAGUUGUUGUUAUUGAACUUAAUUGUGAGACAGACUUUGUUGCUAGGAAUGAGAUUUUCCAGUACUUGGCUUUAGCUAUGGCAAAACAUGCUUUACUGGUUGAAAAUAGUUCUCAACAAGUUUCUGGUGUCUUACCCUUUGGGCCUGAGCUUUUUGAGGAGUUUAAGCUCAAUCUCGAUCAUCCAAAAGUGAAUGGUGAAACAACAGUUUCAAACGCUGUUACAGAAGUAGCUGCGAUAAUGGGAGAGAAUGUAAAAUUUAGGAGAGGUUUCUUGAUGUCAAAAUCUUCAGCAGGCGUCCUUUCUGCAUAUCUUCACACAAGUCCUCAACCAGGGCUGGGUCGUAUAGCUGGGAUUGUAUCUCUGGAAGUAGAAGGUGAAAAUACUCAACUAGAGGCCAUUCAGCGUGUAGGCUCAGAACUGGCUAUGCAGGUUGUAGCAGCAAAGCCUUUGUUUCUAAGCAAAGACCUUGUUUCUUCAGAAGCAAUAGCAAAUGAACGCGAGAUUCUAAAGUCUCAGGCAGAAAGUACAGGCAAGAAUCAGAUGGCAAUAGAGAAGAUUGUGGAAGGGCGUCUCCGUAAGUAUUUUGAAGAAGUUGCUCUAAUGGAGCAAAAGUUUAUCCUGAAUGAUGCUAUAAACAUUAAGACACUGGUGGAUAAUUUGUCCAAGGAGGUGGGUUCUCCAGUGAAGGUUACCAAUUUUCUGAGAGUCGAGGUUGGGGAAGGAAUCGAAAGGCUUGAAGCAUCUGAUGAACCUGUUGCUCAAACUGCUUGAAGAUAAUGAACCAAGGCCAUGGUGUUAGAUUUACAGACCUCUUUCUUUCUUUGGUUCCUUAGAGUUCAUGGGUUCAAUGCCCGUCUUGAGAUUAUAGAAUCUUUUCCCAUAAUUUUGUUUGUCACACAAUAUGGCAAUAAGAAGAUCAAUCUUGUGAUUGUGCCUUAGAGUUCAUGGCUUCAAACACCAUGUUUGUGUUCUCCUACUUAGAUAGUGAGGUCUUGUCUCCUCGUGACUGCGGGUGAACGAUGCAAAGGACAUUUUGAACC